AACACAAUUUUAGCUCAUUACCCAUUUUAGUAUCCUUUCAAAAUGACCGACAAAAACGAAGAGACAAGUCCAGCGGUAGAAGAACAACCAAAACCCUCAACAAUGGCCGAAACCGAACAGCAACAACAUGAGAAGAUGAACGCAUCAUUCAGCAAGAUGAACACUUCAUUCAGCAUUUGGCCUCCGACGCAGCGCACUCGCGAUGCCGUCAUCAACCGCCUCAUCGAAACCCUCUUCGCCCCUUCCGUCCUCUCCAAGCGCUACGGCACCAUCCCCCACGACGAGGCCUCCACCGCCGCCCGCCGCAUCGAGGACGAGGCCUUCUCGACCGCCUCCGCUUCCGCCACCGCCGACGACGACGGCGUGGAGAUCCUCCAGGUCUACUCCAAGGAGAUCAGCAAGCGCAUGCUCGAGCUCGUCAAGUCCAGAUCCGCCUCAGGCUCGGCGGCAGACGGCGACACUGCAUCGCAGUCCUCCGAUGUGGCUCCCACCAUCACCGCCAGUGAGGAAAACUCUACCGUCGAAACUGAAUCUUGAUCUUUCCUAGGGUUUUUUUUAUAGCUUUAUAUGUGUUAUGCUAGCGUUUUGGUCAUUUGAAUUGCUAUCUGUUUGUACUUUUAUGGAUUUCGAAUGGUUAUAUACUAGUAAUAUUGAUACAUGAAUGUGUAGGGUUUUAAAUAUAUUGAGAUCCUGGUAGGAAUGUGCUUCAUUUUCCCCU